UUCUCCACACCCGCGCUCGCCUUUGGUGCCACUCGGCAUCUCUGGUGGCGCGCGGGGACGCGCCGCGCACGCCCGAGACCACGUGACCCUGGCGCCGCGGGGCCGCGCCCGAGCUGCCAUGGCGGUUCCGGGAGAUCCCCGGUCGGCUGGGGCCGCAGGCGCCCGGUUCUUCUGCACCGCGGGCCGCGGCCUGGAGCCCUUCCUGAUGCGGGAGGUGCGGGCGCGGCUGGCGGCCACGCAGGUUGAAUAUAUUUCAGGAAAAGUUUUUUUCACCACCUGUUCUGAUUUGAAUAUGCUGAAAAAAUUAAAAUCUGCAGAAAGAUUAUUUUUGCUGAUCAAAAAGCAGUUCCCACUUACAGUUUCUUCUAGAAGUAAAGGAAAAAUAUUUAAUGAAAUCCAAAGACUUGUCAAUGAUGAUCCAGAAAGUUGGUUGAAUGCCAUUACAAUUUGGAAAAAUCUGCUCCAACUUGAUGCAGAAAAGGAAAAAGUUUCUCAAAGGGAUGCUAACCCGCUAAAAAGAAAAACGGAAGAAAAUGGCACCAUCGUUGCUAAGAUAUUAAAAGCAGAACAAAUCCACGAGAUACAAGAAAAUAGGGAAUGCCUGCUGGAAAAACAAAUAGAAAAGGAAACACUGGAACAAGGAGAUUUUAUCACUGAAAGAGAAAGAUUUCAAGCACAAUCACAGAAUAAUGUAGCAAAAGCCAUUGACGCCCAUGACCAGAACGCCUUGACCUUCAGAGUGUCCUGCCGCUGCAGCGGAGCUGUUGCCCAGACCUGCACUGCACAGGAGGUAGGAAGAAUAAUUGGCAUUGCUCUGAAGAAACAGUUUGGAUGGAAAGCAGAUUUGAGGACUCCAAAUGUAGAGAUCUUCAUACAUCUGAACGAUGUUUACUCUGUGGUGGGAAUUCCUGUGCUCAGGGUUCCUUUAGCCAGCAGAGCUUACAUCAAGACAGCAGGACUGAGAUCCACCAUAGCAUGGGCAAUGGCCUCUCUUGCUGAAAUUAAGUUCAGGAAUAUUACCCUGAUCUGCUCAUGUGUGUGUCUUCUCUAUUCAGCCCAGAAUUUGGCUGGUGCAUUUCUUUUAGAUCCAAUGUGUGGACUUGGAACAAUACUUUUGGAAGCUGCUAAAGAAUGGCCAGAUGUGUAUUAUGUGGGUGCUGAUGUCAGUGACUCACAGUUGCAAGGUGCAUCUGACAAUCUGAAAGCUGCAGGCCUCAAGGAUAAAAUUGAGUUACUCAAGGUCUCUGUUAUAGAAUUGCCAUUACCUUCAGAAAGUGUCAACACUAUUAUUUCUGACAUUCCAUUCGGGAAAAAGUUUAAGUUAGGAAAAGACAUCAAAAGCAUUCUACAAGAAAUGGAAAGGGUGCUUCAUAUUGGUGGGACGAUUGUAUUGCUGCUUAGCGAAGAUCACGACAGGUGCCUUAAAGGUUGUGAAGACGGAAGCAUCCCUUUGACUUCCAAGGGCAGCCACACAGAGAAGAAGCCUGGCCUUGAGAAGUGCCUGACUCCUAAAGAGAAUGCCGGUCCGUCAGAGUCAGUGUCACCUUCAUCUGAAGCCAGUAACCAGGAACGCUUCGACAGAAUGCCUCCGUUUGGCUCGUUAGUGCCAGUGGAGCGCUACAAAGUUAGCCUUGGGAAAACAGGCGCAUUCAUAUACAAGUAUAAGAAGUCCCACUCUUGUGCGCGCUAGCAGGGCUGCCGCUGCGCGCCAGGUGCGAUCCUGUGUCAGCUGCACGGCCCCAGAAGGUGGCCGUCUCUGAAGUAAACGCCCCUGAAGACGGGAGGCAUGGCUGCGGGCCACAGGUGCUUUAGAGUUUCUGCUUUAUACUUAAAAGGGCUUAAUGUUUCUGACACAGGACAUUUAGUGGAUAUUUAAACGAAAGGACUCGUCAACUUUCUGUUCUGUCAGAAUGUGGAAAGUUCUGCUCUUCCCCCACUGUUUCUGAGCAGAAGCUUCAACUCCAAACAAAAGUUUUCACGUAAACUAUGAGGGAUCACAGAAAAUGUAUGGCAGUCCUCACAAGGUUGGUAACAUGAUAGCUAUCAGAUUUUUUUUGAAUGCAGAAAUUUUUAUGUUACUUCUUUUGAUAUUAAACUUGGUUUUAUGGAACCCGUAAUUUUCUUCUCCAUUGGGAUGAAAAUGAUUUUUAUUUGUGGUACAUUUGAUAUGUUCCAUAUUAUGAAAAACAUUUAUGGGAACAUAACAAUAUGAAUUAAACUAAUAUCCUCCAACGUGGUGGAAAAUAAAGGUUUGCUUUUAUUCUGAAA